UUGUCGCUCUAAUUACGUCACUCAGUUGAGGGCAAAGACGAUUUUACAACCGAAACCUGUUCAGCAAUACGCAAUCUUCACAAGCUUAAUUUAUUUUCGUCGAAGGAUUAAAACCACUGCAGUCAUGGCUUCCUCCAGCAAUGCCCUGUGUGAAGAUCAGCUCCAGUGUCCCAUCUGUCUGGAUGUGUUCACUGAUCCAGUCACUACUCCAUGUGGACACAACUUCUGUAUGAUCUGUCUCAAAGAGUUCUGGGACAGCAGUUCACACAGCCAGUGUCCAGUUUGUAAAACCAGUUUCCCAAAAAGACCUGAGUUAAGCGUGAAUACAUUCAUCUCUGCAGUUGCCACUCCGUUUAAGAAGUCAGUUCAGGUGAAAUCCAGCACUGCUGCUGAAAAACCCAACCAAUCUCAGGUGCUCUGUGAGGCUUGCUGUGAAAAGAAAUGUGCAGCUAUGAAGUCCUGCCUGAACUGUAUGGCCUCUUACUGCAAGACUCACCUGGAACCUCAUGAGAGAGUUUCUUCAUUAAAGAAGCACAAACUGAUGGAGCCUGUGGAGAACCUGGAGGACUAUAUCUGUCAGAAACAUGAGAGACCCCUGGAGCUGUUCUGUAGAGAUGACCAGAUGUGUGUGUGUCAAUUCUGUACUCAGGGAAAGCACAAAACUCAUAACACUGUUCCUCUAGAGAAGGAGAGUGGAGACAAGAAGAUUCAGUUGGGAAAGACACAAGCAGAAGUUCAGCAGAUGAUCCAGGAGCGACUGAAGAAGAUUGAGGAAAUCAAACACUCUGUAAAACUCAAUAAAAAAACCACAGAGAAGGAGAAAUCAGACUUUGUAGAGAUCUUCAGUAAUCUGAUGAGUGACAUUGAGAGAAGCCAGGCUGAGCUGCUUAAGGUGAUGGAGGAGAAGCAAAAAGCAGCAGAGAGGCAGGCUGAAGAGUUCAUUAAAGAGCUGGAGCAGGAAAUCACUGAGCUAAAGAAGAGAAACACUGAUCUGGAGAAGCUCUCACACACUGAGGAUCACCUCCACCUCCUACAGAUUUACCCGUCACUGUGCAGCCCUCCACACACCCAGGACUGGACUCACAUCACUAUUAACACUCAUCUGAAUGUGGAGACUCUGAGGAGGUCUCUGUCUCAACUUCAGGAAUCUCUCAGAGAGGAAAUGGUCAAGCUUCAUGAGAUCAAACUGAGGAGAAUUCAACAAUAUGCAGUGGAUGUGACUCUGGAUCCUGAUACAGCUCAUCCUUAUCUCAUCCUGUCUGAUGAUGGGAAACAAGUAGGACACAACAAAUACAUGGUAGAAAACCUCCCUGAUUACCCGGAAAGGUUUGAUACAUCUCUGUAUGUGCUGGGAAAUGAGGGAUUCACUUCAGGGAGAAUUUAUUAUGAGGUACAGGUUCAUGGAAAAACUGAUUGGAUUUUAGGAGUGGUCAGAGAGUCUAUUAAAAGAAAGGGACUGAUCAUACCUUGCCCUGAAGAUGGAUACUGGUGUGUGUGGAAAAGAAAUGAUGAUAAAUAUUCAGCAUGGGACUCUCUUCGUGUCUCCCUCUCCAUGAAACAGGCUCCUCAGAAGGUGGGGGUGUUUGUGGAUUAUGAGGAGGGUCUGAUCUCCUUCUAUGAUGUUGAUGCAAAGUCUCAUAUCUACUCGUUCACUGGUCAGACUUUCACUGAGAAACUUUAUCCGAUAUUCAGCCCCUGUAAUCAUGAGAAUGGUCAAAAUGUAGUACCUCUGGUCAUCUGUUCUAGAAGUUAAUCAAACAAUAAUCAUUAAAUGAAUUUUAAUUUCCUUUCUUCUAUGAAAACCAUGUCAUUUUGAGUUGAAUCCUGCUUCUGUAUUUACAGUAGCAUUUCUGUUUUAAUAUUUUGCUCUACAGUGUUUAUAGGGUUUGUCUCUACCAUGUCCUGGAUGUCGGUAUUAUUUAUGUUUGGCUGUAGACCUAUUUUAAAUUUGUAUUUGGGUAAGAUUGGGUUACUGGAAAAUGCACUGUAUGAAAAAAGCAACAUAUUACUCCAUUUACAGCUUGUUUUAUAAUCUUUUGAUCUGAGCAUUUAAUAAACUGGGUUCUGGAGACACACAAAGGUCCAUGAAGCACA